AUGGAUUUUGGUUGUCACACAAAAUCUAAUACUAUCACUAGCAACAACACAACCCUAAAACUAUUUGGCUUCAACAUUUCAGAGAACAACCCUACAGUACCUUUAGAUUCAAGCAAAUCUCCAUCUGGGUCACAAGAAUCAGAGACUAGUUUCCAACCCUCCUCCGAAGGUAGAAAAUAUGAGUGUCAAUAUUGUUGCCGUGAGUUUGCAAACUCUCAAGCCCUAGGUGGUCACCAAAAUGCUCACAAGAAAGAAAGACAACUUUUAAAACGUGCACAGAUGCAAGCCACCCGCAGCUUGGCUGCAGCUUCAUAUGUUACCCUACCAAAUUCUAUGUUCUCGACGUUUUCACCAACGCAACCUCAUCUCCUUGAUCCGGCGGUGGCUCCGGCUCCGGCGGUAAUGCAACAGCAUGCCCAUUCCCCUCCAUGGUUUUACACGUCAUACUUGGGACGCAUGUCGCAUGGCAGCCCAUAUCUUAAUGGGCCUGCUUCUUUUCCUGGAAGGUGUUUGGACGGAAAGAGUUUGGUUGGCGGCGAGGUUGGGCUUCGUGCUAAAGCUUUUCCAGUGAGUGGAUUCACUAGAGAAGAUGUUGACCAUCAUAAGGGAUUAGGUUUGGAUUUGCAUCUAUAG